UUGUUAAAACCGAAACAAGGAAGACAAGAAAGGAGCGCAGGCUUAAUGAUGGAAGUCCUUUAUAAAGACACACCACUCCGUUAUCAACCUUUGAAACUUGGCGAUUGUCCACAUGGAGUGCCGAUGGUCAAAAACCCCGUUUCGGAGGAUUUUGCUGAGAGUCCACAUCUAUAUUGUGUCUACCAACGAGAAGCUGGAAGAGACCUCAGCAGUCACUCACGGGAUCUGGAGGCUUCGGUGAAGGUAUCGGUCUUUUGGGGGCUCGCAGAGGCCUCAGGGUCUUACAGUCAACACGACACUUCGAACAGAAGCAAAAACUCUCUCACUGUGAGAAGCAUUUGCAGGAUACAGAAAGGUACUCUUUCACUACAGCCUCCCACAGCGUUGAACGAAAAUCGUUGCAAGAAGGAUAUCUGCCGAAAAGCAACAUACUAUGUCAAUGCUAUUUGUAUUGGAGGUGAAGCCUCUCUUACUGUCCAAAUGGAUACAGAGCAGGAUUCAAGCAGUGCUUCAUCCGAAACAGAAGGUGAGGUAUCUGUGUUCGGUGCAUCCUGCAGCAAGGCUAUUCGGUCGUACGCCAGUUCCUAUUCCGGUAACUGCACUCUAUAUGCCGAAUACUAUUCGCCGUUUAAUAAGGAACCAUUGGUGUUGAAACGUAAAUUCACCUCAAUGUCAGACAUUGAGGAUUGCGUUCAGAAGGUUGAGAAGAUGGAACAAGAGCUGGGGAAGUUUGCUGAGAAGGUUCGCAAAUCGGACAUCACGGAUCUUCACUACAAGUAUGUGUUUGCGUCAUCAGCAUCUCCAUCGUCUGGGUUAAACAUGAUCGACUCGAGGAUGAAGGUGGGGAUCAUGUUGAAGGAGCUGGAGGGAGUCCUGGAGGAAGUCGGCCAUGAACCAGGUCCACGGACAGACGAGUUGCGGAGGUUCAAGUCUAAUGUGAAUGCCAUGGUGGAACGUCUUAAAACCAUAAUGUAUUCACUUGAUGUUGAUAUGGAGAAGGUGAAUAGUCUGUAUGGAAAACAUGCACCGAACUAUUACAGGAGGGAGCUGAAACGGCUGACGUCCGGCUGAAGUCGACCGGUCCAUCUCAGCGCUACUUACAUACAUAGACUCACGAUAGUUGGUCUUACAUAUUUCAGCAUAGACUUACUGUAGUAGUACUUCUACACUUACCAUAGACGUAAUGAAGUCGCCCUUACAUACUUCAGCAUAGACUUACUGCA